AUGGUUCUGUGGUCUCCCAUGUCUGUGGGUCUCAAUGAAGGCCACAAGAUGAGGACCAAGAAUGUCAGCAAGCACGGCACCCCACCGCAGCACAGAAAGUUCGUGUGGGACAUAAUGGAAGGGGUCCUGAAAUCGGAUGACUGGCAUGAUCAGAAUGAAAUGAAUGAUGUGCCUUUCUUUGAUAUCCAACUGCCUUAUGAAUUGGCAAUCAAUAUAUUUCAGUAUCUGGACAGGAAAGAACUAGGAAGAUGUGCGCAGGUGAGCAAGACGUGGAAGGUGAUUGCGGAGGAUGAGGUGCUGUGGUACAGGCUGUGCCAGCAGGAAGGGCACCUUCCGGAUAGCAGCAUCUCUGACUAUUCUUGCUGGAAGCUCAUCUUCCAAGAGUGCCGAGCCAAGGAACACAUGUUACGAACCAACUGGAAGAAUCGCAAAGGUGCCGUGAGUGAGCUGGAGCACAUUCCUGACGCGGUUUUGUGUGAUGUGCAUUCUCACGAUGGCGUGGUCAUUGCUGGAUAUACAUCAGGGGACGUGAGAGUGUGGGACACCCGCACCUGGGACUACGUAGCCCCCUUCCUGGAAUCCGAGGACGAGGAGGACGAGCCUGGAAUGCAGCCAAAUGUCUCCUUUGUGAGGAUAAACAGCUCGCUGGCAGUAGCAGCUUAUGAGGAUGGGUUUCUUAAUAUUUGGGAUUUAAGGACCGGAAAGUACCCUGUUCAUCGUUUUGAACAUGAUGCAAGAAUACAGGCACUAGCCCUCAGCCAGGACGAUGCAACUGUGGCCACAGCUUCUGCUUUUGAUGUCGUGAUGCUGUCCCCCAGUGAGGAGGGGUACUGGCAGAUAGCUGCGGAAUUUGAAGUUCCGAAACUGGUUCAGUACCUUGAAAUAGUUCCAGAAACUGGAAGGUACCCUGUGGCAGUAGCCGCUGCUGGAGAUCUGAUGUACCUGCUCAAAGCCGAAGACUCUGCCAGAACCCUCCUUUAUGCCCACGGCCCGCCUGUCACAUGUCUAGACGUCUCUGCCAACCAAGUUGCUUUUGGUGUACAGGGCCUGGGAUGGGUGUACGAAGGAAGCAAGAUCCUGGUAUAUAGCCUGGAAGCAGGACGCCGCCUCUUGAAGCUGGGUAACGUUCUCCGUGACUUCACAUGCGUCAACCUCAGCGACAGCCCUCCCAACCUCAUGGUCAGUGGCAACAUGGACGGGAGGGUGAGGAUCCACGACCUCCGCAGCGGUAACAUCGCCCUGUCGCUCUCUGCCCACCAGCUUGGGGUCUCUGCCGUGCAGAUGGAUGACUGGAAGAUCGUCAGCGGAGGCGAGGAAGGCCUGGUGUCCGUGUGGGAUUAUCGGACGAACCAAAAGCUGUGGGAGGUGUAUUCUGGACACCCCGUGCAGCACAUCUCAUUCAGCAGCCACAGCCUCAUCACGGCCAACGUGCCCUACCAGACGGUGAUGCGAAACGUCGACCUGGACAGCUUCACUACUCACAGGAGACACCGGGGGCUGAUCCGUGCCUACGAGUUUGCAGUGGACCAGCUGGCCUUCCAGAGCCCUCUCCCUGUCUGCCGUUCAUCCUGUGACGCCAUGGCCACUCACUACUAUGACCUCGCACUGGCCUUUCCCUAUAACCACGUUUAGGGAUGUGCCUCAGGAGCAAGGAGAAAAAUGGGAAGAACCAGUUUUAUCCACAUUAAAACUCCAGGCGGCUCUGCACGGGUGGUAAAUGUUUAGGGGAAGAAGGCGGCCCAGGGUGCUGUGCCUGACGGCAUGUGUCUCCCUGACCCCUGCACUUCCCCGGCGCCUGGGGCAACCUGGUGUAUGCUGGGGCUCAAGUCGCACAUGCUGCCAACACAAACGUAGCCUCCUUCCCCACCCAGCCGGCCACUCUGGCCUCAGCUCCCUCAGGACACCUCAGGGAUCUCGCUGUGGGGUCCCAUAUGGUCCCUGCUCAACCAGCUUCUCUGUGUUUGCCUUCCCAGCUCCAGCCCUGCAGGCCGUCUUUCCAGUCUCCAGUCCCUUCCCUCUUUUCCUCCGAGGGCCUUUGGAUGUGCUUGUCCCUGGCCUCCAAGGCAAUAACCUCCAUGUCCUUUUCCCUGUAUUUACUUAGGGUGCUCUUCUGUGACACUUGCCACCACCACCUUCCAGUAGCAAGCUGGUAGAGCAGUACUUUUUCUUCACAGCUUUUACCAUGGUUUAUAAUUAUAUACUUACACAGUUUAGUCA